CGCACGACCAAGAUAUUCCGAAGAAAAAACAAUGGGAGGACACAGCGCAGGAUCACGUAUAUUGAACGGUAUACUCGCUUUAUUCUUUCCACCAAUUAGUGUUGCAAUAGUAACUGGUUGUGGCACAAAAGGUGCUGUACAAGUUUUAAUAAACCUCGUUUUAUGGGUUUGCUUUUGGUUACCAGCUUGCGUUCACGCUUGGUACAUUAUUCACCACUACCGCAACGGUUUUCAUGAGAAUGACGAUAAAAAAGUGGUCUACAUCCAGGGCUCACAGCCUCCGCCUGGACACGAACAUGGGCAAGGACCAGCAGGCCACCCAGCCAGUGCUCCGCAACCACAACCACAACCACAGUCACAGGUCCAGCCACCUGCUAACCAAGAGUAUUCCUUGCCUACAUACAACGAAUCUCAGCAUACAGGCACCACCGUAGACCAUGGUAGACCAGUUGACAGUGCCAAAGUUUAAACUUUUCACACCAAGACGAACUUUUGAUAUCCUUAAUGUUUCACUUUCGCGACUGUUUUUACAUUUAACGCUUGUUUUAUUUAUACAUAUAUUCAUAUCAUAGAAGAAAGAAUGAUACAAGAAAGUGAAAAGAAUUAAUUUAUGCACCCGUAUUAGUACUCGUAUUCGCGCUUGUGUUGGGACUAGAAAAGGACGAUGCGAUUGAAGUUCUUUUAGCAUUUUUUGCAAUGCUUUUUUUCAUCUGCGAGUAUCCAUUUGUCAAUCGAGUCGUUAAAGAAUAAGAUUUCGAUACCUCUAGCUGCUGACCGACGAAGUCCUUGGUCGAUGGUCUCAUCCGUAAUAUUUUGAGUAUAAUAUCACCAUGAUCAGAUUCCUGUAACCUUCUCUCCUUUUUGCGCGCUUUUAUUGUACCAAUAUUCCUCUGUGACUUGACUGUCUUGGUCUUCUUGCGCAAUGUUGGUGCUUUUCGUAGGCUCAUUUGCAUCAUUUUCACACACUCCUCCAUCAA